UUCAAGAUGGAUGGAAUCACGACCAGCACGCAGAAUUCUACACAACACUGAAUAAAGUCCAGCCUGUGUGGAGUCAGGAACAUUUUCACGACGGACUGGCCAUGGAGAGCCUGGUGCAUUACAGCAACCCCGCCCAUGUCCUCUCGGUGUUGGGGGUUCUAAACGAGCAGCGGCUGCGGGGUCAGAUGUGUGACGUGGUACUGGUAGUGGCAGACCAGAGGUACCAGGCCCAUAAGAAUGUUCUCGCUGCCAGCAGUGAGUAUUUCCAGUCUCUUUUCACACGGAUGGACACGGAGUCACUGAAAGUCGUAAAUUUGGACUUCUGUGAGCCUGACGCCUUCGAGAUUGUUUUGAAUUACAUUUACUCCUCUUCACUCUUUGUGGACAAAGGCAGCCUGGCAGCCAUUCAAGAGCUAGGCUACAGUCUUGGAAUCCCUUUCCUCACAAACAUUGUGUCAACAAGGCCAAAUACAUCCUACUGCGUGUCCAGAAAAAGACUUUCGUUCUCAGAGGGGGAUGAGAAUGAUGCCCAGACAAGGAGUGUCAUUGUGUGUCGGGUCCAGAACGACACGACCCACUCUUCUCGCUCAAAUGAUCAGGGAAAAUCAUCAGAGAGAUCACCAUCUCCCCACUCUACUCGAAAAGCAGCUCAACUUCCAUCAGAGCACAAUUCUCUUGAGCCGAUGAAAAACUCUGAAUCCAGCAGGAAAACAUCCGAACAGAGCGAAGCUUCUGAGAGGAAGCCCAGCUAUCCUUAUACCACCAUACUAAAAGGGAAUUCCUCACGCAUCACAUCUGUCAGGCCCCAGCUAACAUCAUCAGUUUCUUUCAGUGAUGCUGAAGUUCCACAGAUCAGGCUGCAGACUGGCACUGACCCGGACUUUAAAGAGGAGAGUGAGGAGCCAGAGCACCGCUAUCAUCAUAAAGUCCCCUUUCAAGGUCAUUCCAGUGAGCUUGGCCAGACCAUUGACAGGAGCGGGCCACUGAUAAAAAGCCUUCUUCGAAGAUCAUUAUCCAUGGACAGUCCUGUUCCGGUCUUCUCUCCCACAUUGGAGCUCAAGGAGCUGCAAAACCGAGAACAGUCGGUUGUUAAAAUGGCCUCAAAAACAUCUGGAUCAGAAACAUCUGCCCAUAAUGGCAAUUCAGCAAGAGCAUCCCCUCUGGUUCUCAGGUCAAAGUGUCCCAGCAGGUAUAAUAAAGAAACUCAGGUAGAAGGAGAUGUCACUGUGAAAGCUGAGCCUAGCAGCCCACUCGCUGACCCCAUGGACAUUAUUCGCAUCACAGUUGGAGAUGCUUUGCCAGUCAGUCUCAAAGACCUGCAAUUAAACUAUGACCAAGGCUCCAGGGUGGACUUUAAUCCUCCAGGAAAAAGAAAGGACCGACCAGACAACAGGAGGUACCCAUUCAAAAAGAGUAAAUCAUUUAAAGAACCUGCUUUUUCACUUAAUACGAACAUGUCUGAGACAGUACCUCAGCAUGCCAGCGUUGAGCCCGAUGAAGACAGUGGGGGGCAACUUCAGAACAAGAUUUUUAAAUGCUGGAAUUGUUUGAAAGUUUUCCGGUCCAGUGCUGGACUCCAUCGUCAUGUAAAUAUGUAUCACAACCCAGAGAAGCCGUAUGCUUGCGACAUCUGCCACAAACGCUUCCAUACUAACUUCAAAGUGUGGACACACUGCCAGACUCAGCAUGGUGUAGUCCAGAACCCAGCAUCUUCCUCCAGCUCAUCUGUGCUGGAUGAGAAGUUUCAAAAGAAGUUGAUAGAUAUUGUGCGUGAGAGAGAAAUAAAGAAAGCUUUGCUUUGGAAGCUGAAGAGGAAUAAGCAAGGUUUGCAGUCUCCAUCACUUGCCAAAAAGAGAUCCAGGCCCAGCUUCAUAUGCCCUUACUGUGGGAAAGUGUUUGUGUUCCAGUCUCAGUACAGGCAGCAUUUAAGGACACAUCCUACUGAAAAGGCAGAUGAGGACACAAGGAAUGAGAGUAUCCUCUACCAGGAAGAGGAAGAGAUCAUUCAACAGAAUAGCCCAGACACUGGUGUUUACUCCUGUAGACUUUGUAAUAUGAAACUCUCAUCACUCGUAGAGCAGGGCGACCACGAGAGAGGCUGUCGGCAUGCAACUGUAUGUCCUUACUGUGGCCUCCGAUUCUCAAGUCCAGUUGUCAAGAAGGACCACGAGGCACAUUGUAAAUACAAGAAACUGACGUGCCUGGAAUGCAUGCGGACCUUCAAGUCCUCCUUCAGCAUAUGGCGCCACCAGGUGGAAGUCCACAAUCAAAACAUGAUGACUGUUAAAGACCAGCUUCACCUGAAACAACAUGAAAAUAAUGACGAGGAAACUGAAGUACUCAGAGAGGAGCAUUUCAGCGACGAGCCUGCAGCAGCUGGGAGUUUUCGAGAGAACAUCAGUUAUAGUGACUCUUCAGGUCCACCUAUGUAUGAUUCAGAAGACUCCUCAUCAUAUGUGCCUGAGGACCUGAGCAUGGGCCACCACGGUAAGCUGGUGGUGAAGGAGGAGCCGUUAGAGGAGGCGGUGAGUGACAGAGACAGCACAGAUGCUGCCAAAGCAGGGCCUGAGGAACCCGGAGUCUGGCCGUGCGAGAAAUGCGGCAACCUCUUCAGUUCUCGCAAAGACCUGGAACGACACCAGGAGCUGCUAUGCCACAUCAAACCAUUCAUCUGUCACAUCUGCAACAAAGCCUUCAGGACCAACUUCCGCCUUUGGAGCCACUUCCAGUCCCACAUGUCGACUGCUAACGAACCUGGAGCCAAAGAAAUGGACAGGCAUCCAUCGCCUCUGUCUCCUUCCCCUCCCCUCACUCCGCAAACCUCAGAGCGUCCCUCCCCCCAGGCCUCCGUGUUUAAAUCCGCUCAGACAGCACCAGUCGCGAUGGCCGAGGAGUCCAGCAGGAGCCCGGAGCACAGUGGCUCAGCAGUAACCAAGACCAACAGGCCUGAAGUAGAGGCCGGCAGCCACAGCCCUCCGUCAAGAUCAAACAGCAUGGAGAACCCCAGUGGUCCUCACGAAUCAGACACACUCUUCUACCACGCACCGUCUCUUUCUGCCCUGACGUUCAAGAGACAGUACAUGUGUAAACUCUGCCAUAGAACCUUCAAGACGGCCUUCAGUCUGUGGAGCCACGAGCAGAGUCACAGCCACAUGUAAGCACCAGACAGCCGAUAGCAGUGAUUUUCUCCUGAGAAACCACACUUUAUAUUAGAAUUAACACACCUCAGCCUACAAAAAGAAGACUUUGAAUGUAUAGCUUAUCUGCUUGCCUCCAAUGUUAUAUUUUAAAGUGGCCAUGUUUGCUAGAGGUGUAAACAUGAAUGUGUAAUCAAGUGCUAGAUUCCUCUGGUAGAGAGUAAAAAGGUUAGCUUUUCUUUCAAAAUGACCAAUAAGGAUAUAUCUGUUUUCAGACAGCUUUUAGUUUUUUUUUUUUUUUUGUUUUCUUUUCUUUGUAUUUACCUUUGUAGGUGUCUUGAGACAGCAAGGUACAGAGCUGCUCUGCAGCUGUAACGCUAUAGACGUAAAGGUGCAGCCACAGAAGGGGCAGGUUGUGUACAUUGUCCUCUCAGAGUGUGGAAAAAGUGCUUUAAAAUGCUUUUGCAUUCAUAUUAGAGCUGUCUCUUAGUGCGAGUGGUAUCCCUUAAGAAAAUAUUGGUGGCCUGAACAAUGUAUUCAAUAUGCAUUUUGUUUAAUAGCUCGAUUCUGUUCUGGGAAGAUAUUUUCCCCAGUUGCUUAGAUGAUGUUGUUUACAUACUGUAACCAAGGUUUAAAGUUGUAAAUGAGUCUCAUCCUGCCUUUUCAUCAUUUUCUGGGCUGAUGAAAUGAGACCAAUUGGUACAUAAAAUGGUUCUAACACAUGACGUACUGUCUUUGUUCAUCACUAGCCUGCCGAAACAUUUCAACUUCUAAAUGUUAGAAAUAAGACAGUUCAGCCAACUAUAUUGUAUAGGAAAGUAAAUGUGUAUAAAAGUCUAAUGUUGCUUUAAAAAAGUCUGACCAGCACAUUUACAGCAAUCAGAACUUGAGAGGAGUAAGAAGAAACCUCUGCUGUGUAAAAAUGCAGCUCAUGGUUGCACAGUUGAUCUUGAAUGAUACAGGUAAAAAGUGUGAUUUAAACACUGAUAAAACAUUUUGCACUUGAGCUCUUUUAGGAAUUAAUUUUGCUUCACAGUGCUUUGAUGGCCUUAUGCAACUUUAAAAAAAUAUAUAUAUUCUUUUCAUUGUUAUUUUAUAUGAAAGCACAACAGAGUUUCAGACAACUUGUGACUCAGGCAUUUGGAGGUAGCGAGGUCGAGAGGAGGGAAGCACAAGAAAGUAAAUCUUAUAUUCUGUGAAAAGUGAUGCGAUUGUUCUUGCUUCCUAAAGAUUUAUUAUAAAAGAUUGUGUUUUGACUGUGUUCCAGUUGUAUUCUUGUAAAAGUAUAUACUUGGCUUGAUGGAUUAGAUCUUCGUCAUAAAUUAUCUCGACUGCUAACAUUUAGAAGAAGUCUGAGCGCUCCUCACAAGCGAAUCCUUUUUUUCCACUUUAGGAGGGUGUAAGCUGCGUUGUGAUGUUCAGUUCUUGCAGAAAAUCUGUAUCGAUAAUAGUGCUCUUAUUUUCUUGUGAGGAAAACUUUCUGAAAGUUUUGCACUUAUUAUUAGAUUCAUGUACAUGAAGGUGUUUGUAUUCUCGAUUUUUGUACCGAUUUUGUUAGUAAACAGAAGUUUAUCUUUAUAGUAUUCCUGUGCUCUCACUGCAAUAAUCAAUAUUUGUAUCAGCAUUGGUUGCAUUAUUGUUGCUUUGGAAACUUGCAGCCGUUUUGUGUUUAAGUUUUCUACAGUUUUUGUGCUUCACUUCUGUAAUAAAGAGUAACAGUGGAGUAAAUA